ACUCUAUCAGCCUCUUCAAUCAACACACGUUCAAACCCAUCUCUCGCUCAUCACACUCUUCGGCACCCCUCUCGAAACUUGCCACGAUGAAGCCUGUCGUAGGAGUAAUGCAAGCGUGGUCUUGCAUUGUGAUCUCAGUCUUUGCAAUUGUUAUCCUAUCAGUCAUUGGCGCUCUCUUCAAAUCAAACCACCACUCGAUGAUGGGCUCCACGGACGACCCUAAAGACGGACCCGCAGUAGCAGCAACAGUUUUCUCAGCAGUUAUCGUCUACGUUGUCUUCCUCGUAGGCUGCGGUUUCCAAGCCUUCCUUCAUUACCGCGAUAAUCGACGAGGUGCCAUAACCCUUUCGUAGCCAUCGCUCUCACUACAUUCGAUACUUAGACCUAGAUCACAUAUCCCAUCGAGUUGGGCUGGGCGGCGUUUGGAGUUUUGUCCGUUCUGGUAUUGUCCCAGUUUUUGAUUUGGAGCGAGCGAGGUGGAGAAGAUGAUGUCUCAUAUGGCAUAUGAUUGAAUUGGAGCUUGAUGAAAUGGAAAUCAAGCUCUUCCUCGGGGAUGGUCUUGAAAAUAUACAAGCUCUUUCCCAUCCCUAGCUGAGAUUAUGUCAAACAGUGGGGGGAUGGAAUCCGUAUGCUUUAUAUUGUCCCGCAAACACACAACAGCGUGAGACGAUUCAUGUGUGUAGUUGCACAAUAGGUUAUUUGAGACGUGUGAGUAAAGAGGUUUUUCGAACGAG